AAGAUCUGGCGCUGCUAGAUGUUGAAGUUAUCUGGCUGGAGGCCCAGGAUAGCUCAAAAGUUUUGGUUCAAGCUUUGAUGUUAUAGAAAUUACAAUUUAACAUGAAGAACUGCAAGGCAUGAAUACCUCUGACUGUGAUAGCUCAGCAUUCUUUACUGUCUGCAUUGGUGCCUAGAUAGGGAGGUAAAGAUGCAUGUGAUAGGAAAUGCCAGUUACUUCCAUUAUUAAUUGGAUUGACUCCAUAAUUAAAUUACAUACUUUAGCUUAAACUGGGGCAUCAGUUUCUAUUUUUAUUUUGUGUAGGUGGCCUUUCGGGUUGAAAUUUCAAUGUUUGUUUUUACGCCCUUUGAAUCUUCUGUGUCGGGGUUGCUAGACUUUUGCAUAAUAUCCUUUUAAUAGGAAAUGUUUAAAGUUGGGUUUUUGGCUGAAAUUUAUCAUGGUUUUCAUGUUAUAUUGUCAUCGUAUCUUUAAAACAAGAGUUUAAGUCUACACAAAAUUGGCAGAGCUUAAUCUUGAGUAGGUCCAGUACUAUAGGUAGUUGAUGAAAAGAAGUAUUUAGGGUUAAAGGAAUUUUUUUAUUCACUUUCUCUUCGUAACUGAAAGUUUAUUUGUCAAGGGCUGGUGAGUAAAAUCUCCUCCAGAGAAACUCAUAAAGAAAUUGCUUCAAAAUGGCUGCCAUGUCCCAUUGUUGUUAAUAUAGGACCCAGGCCACAGGCUGGCUUCAGGCUAAAAUAGCCUCUAAUUCUUAAUAGUUUGGGCAGGAGGAAGCUUUGGCUUCCCCUAGCAAAGAUGGCCAAUGCCUUCCAUCGAUCCCAAUGGCAAUGAAUCAGGCUGCCUUUACAGAAGGAGGAGACAUAGGGAGGCAUUGUGAGGAACAGUUGAUGUUGGGGAGGUAAAAUCCAAGAGCAGGGAGAGAAACUGGAGGAGUGUUUGUGUCCAGGGGAAUGUGGAGGGCAAUGGGAAAGAUGGAAUGUGUGGAGGAGAAUCUGAGGGGCAGGAGACAGAUGCAGGCAUAUGAGGAAGAAUGAGGGGGAAGGGAGGACAAAUAUGGAGAGGGGCACAUGAAUGGAACAGAAGACUGAGGUGGUCACUGUUGUGAUCGGGAAGGGAAUGUGGAAGGCUAUAAUGGCAGCUUUACCAACCAGUAGAGGGACCUGGAAAGCUACAGAGGGAGGCUCCUAUUGGUGGACCAUUGGAAGUUUAUUGGCCUGAGAGAGCCAUCUGUUAUCAUUCCAAGUUUGGGUGAGCCUGGAAAUGAAGAAAGAAGAGAGUAGAGUUGUAUUUAAAAUGGAAGUUGACAUAAAUGGAGAGACCAGAACUACCAUAGCUACGCUUCCCUUACCUAUUGCAGAGGUGAGUUCCACAGGCAAAGUGGAAGCAGAGAAACCUCGAUGCUCCAGCACCCCAUGCUCACCGAUGCGACGGACUGUUUCAGGUUAUCAGAUCCUUCACAUGGAUUCUAACUACUUGGUUGGUUUCACAACUGGUGAGGAGCUCUUGAAAUUAGCCCAAAAGUGUACAGGAAGUGAGGAAAAUAAAGUGGAAGCUGUGCCCACCGUACGCUCCAAACAACUUGAUUCAGGACUUACACGUUCCUCACGGUUGUACAAAGCUAGAAGUAGAUACUACCAGCCAUAUGAGAUCCCAGCUGUAAAUGGAAGGAGGAGAAGACGGAUGCCCAGCUCAGGGGAUAAAUGCACUAAGGCUUUACCAUAUGAACCCUACAAGGCACUUCAUGGUCCUCUGCCUCUUUGUCUCCUCAAAGGUAAGAGGGCUCACUCUAAAUCCCUGGACUACCUCAAUUUAGACAAAAUGAACAUCAAGGAACCUGCUGACACAGAAGUGCUACAAUACCAGCUCCAGCACCUUACCCUAAGAGGGGACCGUAUGUUUGCUAGAAACAACACAUGAACUACCAUGUGGAAAUUAAAGCCAACUCCUGGUAAUUUCUUCAUUGCUGCAAAAAUCCACUGUUGGACUGUGUACAUGACUGUCCACAUUGUAGGUGGUUGUAUCAGCUAAGUGUUAUCAGAACGUUAUUUAUUGAAUACAAUUUUGAAAACUCAAAAUGUCACAAAUAUUUGGAGGGAAACUGAAGAAAAUCUGACUGCAAUUGGUGGACAUUUCUUUGGGACACUUUUUAACAAAGAAAAGGCUUUUGUACAGGUAUCCAGUAUUUACAGUGAUUUGACACUCAGAAAUUGGUGAUGGUGUCUACUUAGUUGUUGCUAAUUUGCCUUGCUAUUGGAAGUUGCUGUUGAAUAAGCAUCAAGUUCUUCUUUUGUCAUUUUCUGUACUUUACAAUAAAAUGUCUGUAUGGUAAUGGUUUGUUGUACUACAGAAAAGAAUGUGAACCUGGCUGAAUUGGACCACUUGUUCUUUAAAACAAUCCAGUUUAAACAUUUGGAAACUGGGUCUGCGCUAUAAAAAAGUUUCACUGAUGCAAAUGAACAAAGGCUUAUUUUUACUUAAAAUUUAUUGAAGUUAUUUUUUAGUUGCACAUGGGAAUAGUUGCUUUUCUUUCUUUCUCUGUUUUAAAAAGUUUGGUUAAAUAAGUAUUUGGAAUAUUUAAAAAAAAAAAACGUUCUGGAAGUAAAUAUUUUCAUUAAAUUUUAAGAUGAUUUAAUGUAAUACAUUUUGGGAGUUUUACAUUGUCUUGACAUAUAAAAAGGACCCACUUUAGAUCCAAUAUAUAGAUUAGAAUGUCUACAUCAGAAAGUAGUAUUGAAUGAAAUUUUUGAUUUUUAAAUCAUAAUUUAUAUUACAUAUGUACUUAUGGAAGAUGUUAAAAACACAACUUUAGCACUGCAUUGGAAAUUCCAAUUAUUUGCAGCACCGAACACUUUUUUUAAAAUUAAAAAUCCAGAUGCCUGAAUUAGUUUGAAGGCGUAGAGUGCUUCUAUAGCAUCCUUGAAAUUCUGAAUCUGGAUUGAACAAUUUAUAUCAAAUGAACUGGCUUAAUUUGUUGCUUAAGAAAUCAUGUCUAACCAUGACAGGAAAUGCAAUUUUAACUACUGCAAACUUAAAUAUAUUUGGAAAAUAUAUAUAGCUUGCCUUUGUAAAAGUACUAUUUUUCAUUCUUUGUCUUUUUUUUUAAAGGUGCAAGUUAUUACUGAGAAAGUGUGCAACCAUGCUUGGUUUUGCUCAGUAAGUUAUUUAGAAGUUAAAGAUUUAAAUAAGCACCAUGUCUAUGAAGUAGAAAUAAUUUUUAAUUGGUCAGUCAUCUCUGGCACAAUUCUGAUUUUCUUCAGAAAGAAUGGAAAGCACUAGUGCAGAGUGUGUGUUGUGGAAAAACAAGAAUUAUUUUCUUUCUUUCACUUACUCCACAGUUGUAUUUGGCUACAUUAAAGAGCCCGUGGAUAGUUUGCAUUCUACUGGUUUGGUUGAUUUUUUUUUUAAAGGUAUGUUAGGAAUCUUUACAGCUGAUGUAUAUUUUAAAGUAAACUGCACCUCUGUAAACUUAUUGUAUUGAAGAAUGAUCUCUAAACUAUUCCUAUAUAGUCUCUAGUUUCACAAACAGAAUACUGUCAGAUGCCAAAGAGAGUUGGGUUUUAUGUUUAAUGAUUAAACAUCACUAUUUAUUGAUUUUUACCCUAUGAAACUGUAUUUCUGGCUAUGAAAUAAAAGGGUGA